UGCAGUAGUUUAUGUGUCGGGGGGCUGGGGUCAGUUUGUUAUAUCUGGAGUACUUCUCCUGUCCUAUUCGGUGUCCUGUGUGAAUUUAAGUGUGCUCUCUCUAAUUCUCUCUUUCUCUCUUUCUUUCUCUCUCUCGGAGGACCUGAGCCCUAGGACCAUGCCUCAGGACUACCUGGCACGAUGACUCCUUGCUGUCCCCAGUCCACCUGGCCGUGCUGCUGCUCCAGUUUCAACUGUUCUGCCUUAUUAUUAUUGGACCAUGCUGGUCAUUUAUGAACAUUUGAACAUCUUGGCCAUGUUCUGUUAUAAUCUCCACCCGGCACAGCCAGAAGAGGACUAGCCACCCCACAUAGCCUGGUUCCUCUCUAGGUUUCUUCCUAGGUUUUGUCCUUUCUAGGGAGUUUUUCCUAGCCAUCGUGCUUCUACACCUGCAUUGCUUGCUGUUUGGGGUUUUAGGCUGGGUUUCUAUACAGCACUUGGAGAUAUCAGCUGAUGUACGAAGGGUUAUAUAAAUAAAUUUGAUUUGAUUUGAUUUCUACUCCUCAUCGAGAGAUGCUUAUCUGUGGUUUCCAUUCACACAACUCAGCAACUAUGGCAACAAAAUGUGGACCAACAAUACCGUUAGUGAGAGCCAUUUUUGCCUCAUUUUCAUUUAAUAAAUGUUGUGUUGUGUGACUGUGUUUCAGUUGUACUGGGGAAGAAUGUCUGGAGUGUGACAUACUCUGAUUGGUGUAUCUGUGCCUUGAAGGGGUGAACAGUGGAGAUGACCUGCUCUUUCAGCUAUCUCAGAGGUCAUAAGGUCACAUCAACCUUCUGGUUCACUAAAAUUGAGACUGAAGAUCUAGGUCAGAACCCAGAGUAUGCAGGUCGUCUGGAGUAUCAUGGAGAUAAGAAGAAAGACUGUACCCUGAGAAUCACAGACCUGAGAGAGAGAGACUACGUAUUGGUUCAGAUUAUUAACAGAUUAUUACUGGCAAUCCUGGAGUGACCUUGUCUGUCACAGAGUGAUAAGUCACCCCACCUACAUCUGGUACAAGAACGGACACAAAGUAAAGGAGGACACUUCCAGCCUGGACUCAGACUCCUUUAGUGAUGCAGACAGUUACUCCUGUGCUGUAAAAGGCCACGAGGAUCUCCUCUCUCCUGCAGUGUAUAAGAAGUGUUGGAGUGUGACUUACACCCAUCAGAAGAUCUGUGCUUUGAAGGGGUCAACAGUGGACAUUUCCUGCUCUUACACAUAUCCCAGUUACCAUGAGAUCAAACAAGCUUUCUGGUUUACUAAAUGGUCUGGUAUGGAGGCUGAAGAUCUGAGCUCAGUGCCAAGAUGUUGUGUUGGAGAUGGAUCCUACAUCUGUGUCAGAGGGGGAGAGAGUCACACUGACAUGUAGAACCAAAUGUACACUGGACCCCAUCACAGUCUACAGUUGGUAUAAGAAUGGACAGUCUCUACCAAACAGCAACACCUCCUCUCCUGUCUAUAUCCUGUUCUCAGUCAGCAGUGAGGAUACAGGCAGAUACUCCUGUUCUGUAGAAGGACAUGAGGAUCUCCCCUCUGAUGAAGAGACUCUCACUGUCACAUAUGGUCCAUGGAACACCUCAGUGUCAGUCAGUCCCUCUGGUGAUUUAGUGGAGGGCAGUUCAGUGACUCUGACCUGCAGCAGUGAUGCCAACCCACCUGUGGACAAAUACACCUGGUUCAAGAAUAAUGUAACCUCACCAAAAGCACCAGGACAGAGUUACAGCAUCACUAACAUCAUCUCUGAGGACAGAGGAGAAUAUUACUGUGAGGCCCAGAAUGGAAGAGGAUCUAAUAACUCUACAGCUCUGAUGAUCAUUGUAGCAGGGAAACAGACCUCAGUUAUAACUGCAGCCUUAGGAAUCAUAGUGGUUGUUCUGGUUGUCAUACUGGCUUCAUGUCUCUCUGGACUCAUGUGGUUCAAGAAGAAGGUCUCCAAAACCACCUCUGACACAAGACACACGGCAGGCAAUGGACAGGGAGACUCUAGUCCAGUGUAUGACAACAUCUCAGGCAUGGCCUUCACCCCUACUGCAGCACAGACAGCGGCCACCGUCGACCAAGAUGACAUUCACUUCGCCAGCGUCCACUUCUCUCACUCCAACCUGCUUCAACCCCAGAAAGAGGAUGAAUUUCAACCUACCCAGUGCUGCCACCUGGUCCACGGUGGAACAAUCAGCUGAGGAGGAUCCCUCUGUUCUCUACAGUACAGUCAACAAACCCAGAACCAAGAAGUCCUUAACACAAUAAACCCAGAACCAAGAAGACCUGAAAAUAACAAACCCAGAACCAAGAAGACCUGACCAACCCAGAACCAAGCACUGAACACAACAAACCCAGAACCAAGAACUGAAAACAACAAACCCAGAUCCAAGAAGAACUGAAAACAACAAACCAGAACCAAGAACUGAAAGCAACAAACCCAGAACCAAGAAGAACUGAAAACAACAAACCCAGAACCAAGAAGAACUGAACACAACAAAUCCAGAACCAAGAACUGAAAACAACAAACCCAGAACCAAGAAGAACUGAACACAACAUAUCCAGAACCAAGAACUGAAAACAACAAACCCAGAACCAAGAAGACCUGACAAACCCAGAACCAAGAACUGAAAACAACAAACCCAGAACCAAGAAGAUCUGACAAACCCAGAACCAAGAACUGAACACAACAAACCCAGAACCAAGAACUGAAAACAACAAACCCAGAACCAAGAAGAACUGAAAACAACAAACCCAGAACCAAGAACUGAAAAAAACAAACCCAGAACCAAGAAGAACUGAAAACAACAAUCCCAGAACCAAGAACUGAACACAACAAAUCCAGAACCAAGAACUGAAAACAACAAACCCAGAACCAAGAAGAACUGAAAAUAACACACCCAGAACCAAGAAGACCUGACAAACCCAGAACCAAGAACUGAAAACAACAAACCCAGAACCAAGAAGACCUGACAAAUCCAGAACCAAUAACUGAAAACAACAAACCCAGAACCAAGAAGACCUCACAAAUCCAGAACCAAGAACUGAAAACAAUAAAACCAGAACCAAGAACUGAAAACAACAAACCCAGAACCAAGAAGACCUGACAAACCCAGAACCAAGAACUGAAAACAACAAACCCAGAACCAAGAACUGAAAACAACAAACCCAGAACCAAGAAGACCUUGUAUAUCUGGACCCGUAUAUAAUAACUAAGUGGUAUAAUUAAGCAAUAAGGUCAGAGGGGUGUGGUAUAUUGGCCUAUAUACUGUACCACGGCUAAGGACUGUUCUUAAGCACGACACAACGCAGAGUUCCUGGAUACAGCCGUUAGCUGUGGUAUAUUGGCCUAUAUACUGUACCACGGCUAAUGACUGUUCUUAAGCACGACACAACGCAGAGUUCCUGUAUACAGCCGUUAGCUGUGGUAUAUUGGCCUAUAUACUGUACCACGGCUAAGGACUGUUCUUCAGCACGACACAACGCAGAGUUCCUGGAUACAGCCGUUAGCUGUGGUAUAUUGGCCUAUAUACUGUACGACGGCUAAGGACUGUUCUUAAGCACGACACAACGCAGAGUUCCUGUAUACAGCCGUUAGCUUUGGUAUAUUGGCCUAUGUACUGUACCACGGCUAAUCACUGUUGUUCUGCACAAUGCAGAGUGCCUUGAUACAGCCCUUAGCCGUGGUAUAUUGACCAUAUACUACAAGCCCGAGGGCCUUAUUGCUAUUAUAAACUGGUUACCAACAUAAAUAGAAAGUAAACAAAUAUGUUGGUGUCAUACCAGUGUUCUAUUGUCUGAAAUACUGUAUGUGAAAUGAAAUGCUUAUUCAGCCAAUCAGCAUCCAGGACCUAAACUACCUGGUUUAUAAUAGUAUCUAGUAAUAUACAGUGCAUUCAGAAAGUAUUCAGACCCCUUGACUUUUUCCACAUUUUGUUAUGUUACAGCCUUAUUCUAAAAUUGAAUAGAGUUUUUUUCCCCUCAUCAAUCUACACACAAUACCCCAUAAUGACAAAGCAAAAACAGGUAUUUAGAAAGGUUUGCAAAUUGAUUAAAAAUGUUCUUUACAUUG